GUCCCGCCCCGCUCGAGCGCUGCGUUGUUUGGGGACAGUAGGAAGAUGGCGGCGGCCCCGCUGUACUGUGUCUGCCGGCAGCCCUACGAUGUGAGCCGGUUUAUGAUCGAGUGCGACAUUUGCAAAGACUGGUUUCAUGGCAGCUGUGUUCAAGUGGAGGAGCACCAUGCUGUUGAUAUUGACGUCUACCACUGUCCUAACUGUGACAAAAUACAUGGACCCUCCCUGAUGAAGAAGCGCAAUAAUUGGCACCGACACGACUACACUGAGCCCGACGAUGGCACCAAACCAGUUCAGGCUGGGACCUCUGUGUUUGUCCGGCAGCUACAGGCCCGGACCUUUCCAAGUGCCGAUGAGAUGGUGGUGAAGAUGCAAGGGAGCCAGGUGACGCAGCGCUACCUGGAGAAGCAGGGCUUUGACUACCCCAUCGCGGUGCACAAACUGGACGGCCUGGGACUCAGACUGCCUCCCCCCACCUUUUCUGUCAAAGACGUGCAGCACUAUGUGGGCGGUGAUAAAGUGAUUGAUGUCAUUGAUGUGGCCCGGCAAGCAGACAGCAAAAUAAAACUCAGUGAGUUUGUGAAGUAUUACUACAGUUCCCACCGGCCAAAAGUGUUAAAUGUCAUCAGUCUGGAGUUCUCGGACACAAGAAUGGCAGAUCUGGUUGUGGUUCCGGAUAUAGCUCAAAAGAUGUCCUGGGUGGAGAACUACUGGCCCGAUGACUCUGUCUUCCCAAAGCCCUUUGUGCAGAAGUACUGCUUGAUGGGGGUGAAAGAUAGUUACACAGACUUCCACAUAGACUUCGGGGGCACUUCAGUCUGGUACCAUGUCCUCUGGGGUGAAAAGAUUUUUUACUUGAUAAAGCCCACCGAGGCGAAUCUUGCACUAUACGAGGCGUGGAGUUCGUCCCCCAAUCAGAGCGAGGUGUUCUUCGGGGAGAAGGUGGACAAAUGCUACAAGUGUGUGGUGCGGCAGGGGACGACACUUCUCAUUCCCACGGGGUGGAUCCAUGCUGUUCUCACCUCUCAGGAUUGCAUGGCUUUUGGGGGGAAUUUCUUACACAAUCUUAAUAUUGAAAUGCAGCUCAGGUGUUACGAGAUGGAGAGACGGUUAAAGACACCUGAUCUCUUUAAAUUCCCUUACUUUGAGGCUAUCUGCUGGUAUGUGGCAAAGAACUUGCUGGAAACGCUUAAAGAGUUGAGAGAAGACAACUGCCAGCCUCCUGCCUACUUGAUACAGGGAGUGAAAGCUUUAGCUACUGCACUGAAGUCCUGGCUAAAGAGAGAGGCUACAGAGCCAACCGGUGAAGUUCCAGACCAUAUCAGGCCCAACCAUCUCAUUAAAGAACUCAAUAAGGAAAUCCGCUACCAAGAGGAGGACCAGAGCGGCAGCAGGCCAGCGAAAUCUCAGGGAAUGGGGAGCUCGUGCCCCAUGACGCGCUCCUCGCUGGAGAGGGGCUCCCAGGCCCGGAGGAAUGCCCGGCGGCUCCGUGACCACAGCACCAAAACGCCUUCCAACCUGGACAUCCUGGAGCUGCACACCAGGGAGGUGCUGCGGCGCCUGGAGAUGUCGCCCUGGGAGGAGGAUCUGGUGUACAGCUCCAGGAUGAAUGGAAAGUAUAAUAAGGUCUUCCAGGCCACGUCCUCAACACCUGAGCGGAGAACCUUUGACAAUAAUCUGCGCUUAGUUCUUUCAAAUGGCAGGAUUAUGAGAGAUGAAAGGCAGCAAGUCCCAGACAAGAGCUCGAGUGCUGCCGGUGGUGAAGGUAACACAGGAAGUCCAAAAGAGGCCAGCAAGAUCAAGAAUGAGAAGGAGGAGUGGGAGGAGGAGAGCAUCGGGGAAAAACACGCCAAGCAGAAUCCACUCAACAAGUUUUUUGAAAGUGUGAAAUCUGAACUCAGGAAUGGAGCAUCAGGGCACUCUGAUACUUCUGACUCAGAAGCAGAGUCUGAAGACAGUUGCACUAUAAAGCAAAAAGAUUCUUCUGAGGAAGAGUCAGGUAGCUCUGAGGAAGACGAGAAGGUUUCCUCAAAGAGUGAGACCCAGAGAGACUCAGGGGGCAUCAUGGACCUGUACCAGGCCAGCCAGAGACUCAGUGACCAGGAGAAACCACUCAAACUAGAACGUCCUACCUCGCCAAGCACAGAAGAAGCUAUUCAGGGCAUGCUGUCAAUGGCAGGGCUGCUGUACCCUCAGUGUUUACCUGGGCAUCUGGAGGAGAGUGGGAGCUCCCAGGAGCCCUGGGACUCCUCAAGGGAGCAGUGGUGGUCAAGCCCAGCUCACAGAACAGCAGACAGCGGUGGAGGAGAGCCAGCGUCAGGGGAGGACAGCCUAGGUGGCUUUGGCACCAGUCACCAGGAUGAAACGAAGGCACAGAAGCACCUGAGGAAGGAGUGCACUGCCGAGCUGAGCCAGAGAAUCCAGGAGAACAAGAACUUCAUGGACAGCGAGAGCAGCAGCAACAGCAGUGGCAGCGACGCCUGGGUCAACCACAGGCACCCCCUCACCUCCUCCUCCUCCAGCCCCCUGCGGGACGACUGCAGCCUGGGGGCAGAGUUCCAGUACAGCGAGACCUCCCUGUCGCCACCCCUGCACCCCUCCAAGAGGCCUGCCUCCAACCCCCCUCCCAUCAGCAACCAAGCUACAAAGGGCAAGCGGCCUAAAAAGGGCAUGGCUACCGCGAAGCAGAGACUGGGGAAAAUCCUCAAGCUGAAUCGGCACAGCCGCUUCUUCGUUUAACCACAAACGGAGGGGACUCUGGGAGGAAAAAAGUCGAAAAAAAAAGACACUGGUUUUUCCAGUUUGAGCUGGUGGGUGGGGGUGGGUGGGGAGUAGUGGGGUGGGUUUCGGGUCCUGACAGGCCCUGAGGGUUUAUCUGUCCUGUUGUUGAGAGACACAUGUGCUGUAGAAUCACUGCCUGGAGCACAGAAGAGGAAUGACCUUAACACUACACGUUCACUGUGCAAGUUUAGGUGACAGGGUAUCAGAUUUACACUAGCGAGCACACAGCUGCACACUACACAAUUCAGACCAGACAAAGGAGAGGAAAAAAAAAAGGCAGCAUGUGGAAUCUUCGGCAGCCGUAUUACGGGAGGAGACUCAUCUCGGAAAUCUGCGCGUCACAAAGCUGACUCUGGGAGAGAAGAACGGAUCUGAGCUCAAGGAAACAUGCUUGGAAUCUCUCCACUGAAAGAGGAGGACUCUGUUGCCCCUGGCUUCUACAGUGGGGAUAUGGAAUGGAAGAUGAAUUCUGCUCUUAUAUUGCCAACUCCGUAUUGAUGCCACAUGUCUUUGCAUUCUAGUCACAGGCUGCUUUCGGCAUUGACUUUUUCUUUCUCUGGGGAAGAUCUAUGUCAGAGGAAGGGGAAAAAAACCCUGCAAAUUGCAAUACCAUGAAAGUGCUGCGCUUUAGCCAGUAAAAAGGCUGUUCUGUGCAGCCCUGAGAAACGCUACCUGAGACUGGGUAUGUUUGUCUGUCACCCUGAAAUUCACAGCCCUGGGCAAACAGUGGUGCCUCGUCUGUACCUGCAAGGUGCAGGGCUGGUUUAGAAUGGUGCUGUUUUCUCAUCCCUCAUUCCCUUGCUCUCGUUUUUUGCAUUCAAACCAGCAAUAAGAUACAGGAGAGGUGGUUGGACAGGAUAAAAGCACUCCCUAGACUCCCAAAAGGUCUUCCUGCUCCUGCAUCUCUGUCAGUGUUAGCAGUGCUUCACGUUUCCCGAACGGGGGGGGCGACGGCAUCAUUUUCAUUGACAAAACUAAAGCUACAUGUAGAAAUAUAAUCUUGCCCACACAGAGUCUUCAAAAUCUAAAUGGCUUUUAAAAAUGUAUUUGUCAAAAUAUCAAGGUGGUUUCAUGUUCUAUCAUCGAACUACGAGGUACCUGUUACUGAGACAGGCCAUUCAUUGGAUCUGUCUUUUUUAAUAUUUUGGACAGUGGUUAUACUGUAAGUCAUGGUUGAGUAACAUGGUUGAGUUACAGUAUAUAGUAGCUCUUAAAUAAAUGCCCUGAAUGGCUUUAUGAUGUAACUCUUCAAAGCCAUACACUGCAGUUAUACUAUAUACCAUAGCCAUAUUCUAGUGGCAGAACAGUUUCAGAAAGCCCCAGGAGUAGACAUAAUUUGCAAUUGGUAUUUUAGUAGAGUAAGGCUACUCUGGGAAAUCGUAGACGGGCUGGUUUCAUUUCAUCCACUGUGAAGGCAGAGCAGUGAUGUCUGGGAGUGCUGCUGUCAAAAUGAUUUGUGAAAUGGCAAAAAAAAAAAACUGGUUUACUUUUGCCGAAAGCAUUACAUUAUAGAGGGGAGAAACGAAGCCGUGGUUUUCCAGUUAAUUUAUUUCAGUCAGAGUUUUAAUUUUUCUGUUUGUUUUUAUUAUUUUUUUUUUUGAUGACUUUUGAAUUAUUUAUUUAAAAAAGGUGAAUGAUGUCUAUUUUAGUUUUCAUUUUCUUUCAGGUUCCGGUUUUGAUGUGAAACCUUUUCUCUUGUCUUUGGGUUUGUGGUAGAGAGAAAAAUGCUUCUGUUUUUCAUGCAUUCAUACCCAAGCUGCUGGACAUGAACAGCAACUCAGUCCCUGUCAGAUUCACAGAAAUAAUUACUGCUCAUCCAGUCUUUUCUGCUUUCAACGCCAAGCCCUCCUCAGCUUGUGUAGCUGAUAUUUUGAAUUGCUUUGUUGUAUAAGCUCAGUUUUGUUCUAGGAUUUUACUACUGUUUCUGUUUGUUUCUCUUUCUUUCGUAGUGAACAUCAUAUAAUCAAGAAAGCAUUUGCUUAAUUGGCUACCAGCCUGAAAAAAACUUGGAAGUGCAAAUUCCCCUUUUACACUGUAAUGAAGAGCUGAAAUAAGACAACAUUGAACAUCAGUUCUUCAAAGUUUCCUCACUUUUUUAUUUCUCCUUCUAAUUGCUAAGGAGAUAUGUGGAAAAAGAUAACCAAAUGUGCUGCACUGUUAGAUGUCCGAUUCUGUUAUUGCUCCAGUCUACAAAUUUGCAAAACAAAUGUCAUUAUAAUUAAUGACCUUUAUUUCCAUUUCUAUAAUAUUGGAUUCUUUUCUCAUGGUACAUUUACAGUACAAAAGCAUAACUAAAUGGGGAAAAAAAUCUAUUUUAAGUUGAUUGCUCCUGAACGUCUGGAGCUUGUAAAGAGAUUUGUUUUAAUGUGUAGCAUACAUUAGCCUGCAUUCUUAAUAUAUCCCUUUUGAUUUUCAUAUCAGAAAGCUACUUAUUGCUUUGGACAUUUUAUUGUUUUCAUGUUCCUUCUGUGACGCAGCAUGGCACUGCUGCAGAUCCAGGUGUAGUUCUUACUCAGUAUUAGGAUUUAUGCAUUUAGGAUGCAGUUUUCAAGCCAAUGUGUGCUGAUUUCAGGUGAUUACAUUGCUUUAUUAAGGUUUUCUGUUUUCUUCAUGCUAUUCAGAGCAUUGUCUUUUGAUGAUGGCAGGUCUUUCUCAGGGACUGAUAGUCAUUGAAGAAAUUCAUUUUGUUGAAUGAAUAUGACAGAAGGUUGACAUUAUUAAAGUCUCUUUGUUAGUAGCUUAAAUGUCAGAGUGGAGCCCUUUCAUCGGAUUCCUGGCUUGGUUUUGUUUUCACUUUACAGUCAGAGCAUCCGAAAAACUUUGAUCCUCAGUAGCUGUUCCUUAAAGUUUUAAAACCAUUUGUAAGCAAGUAAAAAGGAUUUUUUAGAUAGUAAUACAGCCCUAUUUGAAUGAGAAUCAUAUUCAUCUUGAGUGUUAUACAUUUUUUAGUAUAAUUAGAGCAUUCAAAUAAGAUAUGAAUCAUUAAGAUUGUAUUAUGUAAUUAAGAAUAAAUUUAGUGUGGGCGGCUGUCAUCCCAUACUGCAGAGACACCCAAGAGAAUUUUACCCCAAGAAGACUUUUGAAUAUUUUCUGGUAAUGAAAGUUACAAGUUGCUUUGGCAUGUAAGUGGAUCUGUAGACUGCACAAUACUCGGCUGUACUAGCUACCUUUCUAGAUCUGCAUUUUUAGGCACUGGUUUAUCUCUGUAGGCCCUUGAAAUUGUGGAUUCUGUUUUAAGGAAAGCUACGUGGGAGGUAUUAUUUCCUUCCUACUUGAUCAUGGAGAUAACUGCAUGAUGGAGGAGUUCUGGUGGCUGAAAGAAACUGUUGUGCUACGUCCAUCACUUUUGAAUCGUCUUUCAUUAUACAGUCACAACCACAAGAGAACAGAGCGAGUGGUAAUAAAGCCACAAGUGUACCUGAAGCCUAGUUGUCAUCCUGCAUGGCAGUAAUUAGUAGCACUAUUUUAGUACAUUCCCAUCAUCCCUUGUUUAGCAAAGCCUUCAUUUCAGUCAGCCAGCGGUGAUCAUGGUAAUCAUGAUACAAGUUUUUAACAGAACACCUGGCUCAGUUAAACAUAAAUAGAAUGAGAACAGAAAUGUGCGAGAUCUUUCCAUGACCAGUUGGGCAUUGCUACCCUAAUGGGAUAGAUAUUUACAAGUCUUCAUUGGCAUAGUAUGGCACUUAUCGGGCCCAUCUUCUCCAUGUCAAGUUGUAUUUCAGUAUAAUGAGGUUAAUCAAACAACGUUUUAAUGUUAGUCUUCAUACAUUAUAUAAAGGUAUAUAUUUCCAUUUUCCUAGUACAUGACAUUUUUGCUUCAGACGAAUGUUACAACUUGAUGGUGAUCCUUAGUUAAAGGAUGCGAGUGAGUUGUAAAAACCCACGCCAACUUGCAUGAGAAAACCACAGUCAUCACAAUGCUUGCUGAUCUGGUGCAGUCUGUCCAGAUAGCAUAUGACCAUUUGGUGCUUUCUGGUACUGCAAGUGUAGAAAAUCAGUGCAUUGCCUGCCAUCUGUAGACCUGGCCACUUUUGAGAUCAUUGCGACAAAGUGGAUAUUAAACUUGGAAGAGCAGUUUUUUUUUUUUUCUACCUAAGAUCUUUAGACUUCCUCUUUACCCAAGAUGUAAAAUGAGGUGUUCAGGCUUGAUCACGCACUGUGGUUUUUAACUGGCAACAUAUAUUGCACUAACUUCUCCUAAGCUUGAGCCUGUCAAGUGGCUUUUGAACUCCCUGUUAUUAGGCUAGAACAAGGACCUCCUAGCAUGACCUGCCACACUGUAUGCUCUGUGAUCACUGCUGCAAUUGUCAGGGCUGUCAACUUGUUGGCCUCAAGGGAAAGGACUGGCUCUACUGCUUAGUACUGUAUUGUAUGCCUGCUCCACAAAUCAGAAGCCUGAUACAAAGCAGAGUAUAUAUAAUGCUUUUCCCAUAAACGUAUGCUGCAUUGAAGUGUUAAAAUUCACAUUGCCAAUUUCUUCUUCUAGCUCUGAAUUGAGUUUCACUGAACACUAAUUGCUUUUCACAUAUCACAUUCAAAUAAUUUCCUCUUUGGUCAUAUCUUUUGAUAGAGCUUAUGUACAUCAAUGACUGGCCUGCAGGCAGGGUAUGUAUUAUGCAGUACUAUGAAUUGUACAGUAUUUAUUUGGCUUUUAAUUCUGUUUUUAGAUCAAUUUAAUUGCAAGUUUUGUGUUAACUAUUGAUGGUCAUUGUGUAUUCUCUUCCUUUUUUUU